CAGCUUUCUCUUGACGAAGUUGACGGGCAACGUGGAAAGAUGGUGCUUGAUUUGGACCACUUCAGGACCGAUAAAGGGGGUGACCCCGAACUCAUCAGAGAGACACAGAGGAAGAGGUUUAAAGAUGUGACCCUUGUAGAUAAACUCAUCGCUGCAGAUACAGAAUGGAGAAAAUGCCGCUUUACGGCAGACAACCUCAACAAGAUGAAGAAUCUCUGCAGCAAAAGCAUCGGCGAGAAGAUGAAGAAAAAGGAACCGGUUGGGGAGGACGACUCUGUACCGGAAGUCGCCCAGAACGUCGAGGCUCUGACAGCUGAAACUUUAUCGGCGCUGACGGUGACCCAGAUCAAGGCGGUGCGGGUGCUGGUGGAGGAGGCGGUGCAGCGGGCCGACGUCGACCGGCUGAAGUUGGAGGCGGAGCGCUUCGACUACCACCGCGAGAUCGGCAACCUGCUCCACCCGUCCGUCCCCAUCAGCAACGACGAGGACGCAGACAACAAGGUGGAGCGGACCUGGGGCGACUGCAGUGUGCAGAAGAAGUACUCCCACGUGGACCUGGUGGUCAUGAUUGACGGCUUCGACGGGGAGAAGGGCGCCAUCGUGGCCGGGAGCCGGGGAUACUUCCUGAAGGGACCCUUGGUGUUCCUCGAACAGGCUCUCAUCAACUACGCCCUGAGGGUCCUCCACGGCAAGCAGUACACGCCGCUGUACACGCCGUUCUUCAUGAGGAAGGAGGUGAUGCAGGAGGUGGCCCAGCUCAGCCAGUUUGACGACGAGCUCUACAAGGUGAUUGGCAAGGGCAGCGAGAAGUCGGACGACAACUCGGUGGACGAGAAGUACCUGAUCGCCACGUCGGAGCAGCCCAUCGCCGCCUUCCUGCGCGACGAGUGGCUGAAGCCCGAGGACCUGCCGCUGCGCUACGCCGGCUUCUCCACCUGCUUCCGGCAGGAAGUGGGCUCCCACGGCCGGGACACGCGCGGCAUCUUCCGCGUGCACCAGUUCGAGAAGAUCGAGCAGUUCAUCUACGCCUCCCCGCACGACGACAAGUCCUGGGAGACGUUUGACGAGAUGAUCGGCACCGCGGAGGAGUUCUACCAGUCGCUGGGGAUUCCUUACCGCAUUGUCAACAUUGUUUCUGGUGCCUUGAACCACGCAGCCAGUAAGAAGCUGGACCUGGAGGCCUGGUUUCCAGGCUCGGCGGCCUUCAGGGAGCUGGUGUCCUGCUCCAACUGCCUGGACUACCAGGCCCGCCGCCUCCGCAUCCGCUUCGGGCAGACCAAGAAGAUGAUGGACAAGGCCGAAUACGUGCACAUGCUCAACGCCACCAUGUGCGCCACCACCCGCGUGAUGUGCGCCAUCCUGGAGAACUACCAGACGGAGGAGGGCAUCGUCAUCCCAGAGCCCCUCCGUGCCUUCAUGCCGCCUGACAUGGCCGAGAUGAUCCGCUUUGUGAAGCCGGCCCCCAUCGACCAGGAGACCACCAAGAAGGCCAAGAAGCAGGAGGGGGGCAAGAAGAAGAAGCAGGACCCCCAGGACCUGCCCGCCGACGUGGAGAACAUGUCUGUCAAUGACUCAUAAGACCCCCGCCUUUCACCACCAACCACCACCAACCCUCCUCCUCCUCCUCUUCAUCAUCCUCUCGUUGGAGGAGGACAGAGUAGAACCCCCCCCACACGCACGCACGCACGCACGCACGCACGCACGCACGCACGCACGCACGCACGCACGCACGCACGCACGCACGCACGCACGCACGCACGCACGCACGCACGCACGCACGCACACACACACACACACACACACACACACACUGGCCCGACGUUGUACCAUGUCAGCCGUGCUUCUGAGGAGACCACUGUGAACUCCUCCAUGAGUUCAUUGGUGCCGUCAGGGGAUGCAAAGAGGGCUCUACUCUGUCCUACUCCUUCGAUACUUUGCUCGCUCGUCUCAAUACUUUGCUUGCUCGACGCCAUCUUCCCCCCCCCCCCUCCCCGGCUGCCCGAUCCACACUCAAAAACAAGCAGGGAAACAGGGCACCUCAGCCCGUUGGCUCUUCUCCACACCGACCACUCUCUCGCUAGCUGUGUACAGUCCAGUGUACAGUAUAAAAUGGUACAGCGGUCAGCAGGUUAAUUAUGGGAUAUUCACGAGAUCAACCAACAGCAGCUGUCGACGCUUCACAUCUCCAGCACAGGGCCAUUCAGCUGGCCGAUGGCGCCAUCGGUGAAGAGCGGCGAACGUGUCAGUUUGUUCACUUUGGCGAUAUCGGGCUGUAUGAUGUAUUCACUGUGUUUAUUGCUAGUGUAUAACUCCUGGAUAUAAAGGUGGCCUUGGUUGUUCUAGGCUGCUGGCUUUGGGCCUUGGGGGAGAUCUCUUCAUUCAUGUUUGCCAGCAGUUGUUUUUCCAUAGUAUAUCUAUGAUUGAUGCAUUGACAUGUCUAAUUGCUAGUAUAUAUAAAUAUUAUUAAGCAUUAUAGGUGGAUCCUGAUAAAUACAUUAAAGAUAAACGGUGGAUCAAAUAA